CCCUAACCCGAACCCUAACCCUAGCCGUCUAUAACCCUACCUCGCGUGCGUAUGGAACUUGCCACUGGGAAAACCAGGGACAACUUGGACGACGACAAGCUUCAUUUUGCGUCGACGACGCCCCACCCCAACCGCCAUCCACAUCGGAUCCGCUCCCACCGGGCCGUCUCUAGAUCCCCUUGACCCACCAGAGCAGCCAUGUUCUUCCUCAAAUACCUCCACAAAACAAUCCGCCUGCCCCCCUCCUCCUUCGGCCCGCACAUGCGAUCCCACGUCGAGCGGCGCCUCUACGACGAAGUCGAAGGGAAGAUCGACGGGCGGUACGGGUACAUCAUCUCCGUGCUGCAGAUUGUGGAGAUUGGCGCCGGGGUGCUGCAGCCCAUGACCGGGUUGGCGGAAUUCAAUGUGGUGUAUCGGGCGUUGGUGAUGAAGGUGUUUAAGAAUAUGGUUGUUGAUGGGGUUGUGACUGUUGUUAAUCCGCUAGGAUUCUGGGUGGAAGUAGGCCCAAUGACGAUGUUUGUCGCAUCUGCCCUGAUACCCUCCUACUUCAAAUACGACCCCAGCGCAAACCCGCCAGCCUUCGUGUCCGAUUUCGGUGACGAAUCAGGCCAAGCCUCACGGAUAGAAAAAGGCAUAGCGAUCCGGGCGCGGAUUAUUGGGAUACGGACUGAGGCUACGGAUAUUUUCUGCGUCGGAACGAUCAAAGAAGACUAUCUCGGCCCACAAGCCGGGGUAUAAACCCCUCCUCUGAUUGCAACGAUAGUCAUCCCGAUGGCGAUGCAUUUUCAUUUUUGGAAGAACGACAAAAGAAAAAACGAGAACGUAUACAUGGCAUCUAUCUAUGUAUUCAUCUGAUCCGCAGACGUUUUUUCCGGCAAUCGUUGCUGUUCGAUCUUUGCCCCCGCUUUCGAAUACUCGAAGACGACGGAGAAAGUUGAGGUUGAUGCAGGGGCAGGAGGGGUUACGACGACGGGAUGGCAUGGAUGAGGAAGGGGCUUGGGGUGAGCAAGAGCGGCGGUCGCGCGGUGAUGAGGGACCCGGAUCUUGCUCUCAGUCAAUUGAAAGACUGGGACGAGGGUGGGUGAGGUUUUAAAAAGAAGGGCGGGAUGCGGAAGGAGGAUGGAACGUUGGAGGGGGGUUCAAAGAGAGGGGUUGACAAGGG